AUGGACUAUGACUUUAAAGUGAAGCUGAGCAGCGAGCGGGAGCGGGUCGAGGACCUGUUUGAAUACGAGGGCUGCAAAGUUGGCCGAGGCACUUAUGGUCACGUCUACAAAGCCAAGAGGAAGGAUGGAAAAGAUGAUAAAGACUAUGCUUUAAAACAAAUAGAAGGAACCGGAAUCUCUAUGUCGGCAUGUAGAGAAAUAGCAUUACUUCGAGAGCUUAAGCAUCCAAAUGUCAUCUCUCUUCAAAAGGUGUUUCUAUCUCAUGCAGACAGGAAAGUAUGGCUUCUGUUUGACUACGCUGAACAUGACCUCUGGCAUAUAAUCAAGUUUCACGGAGCUUCUAAAGCAAAUAAGAAGCCAGUUCAGUUAUCUCGGGGAAUGGUGAAGUCACUAUUAUAUCAGAUCCUAGAUGGGAUUCACUACCUGCAUGAUAACUGGGUGUUGCAUAGAGAUUUGAAACCUGCUAAUAUUUUAGUUAUGGGUGAAGGUCCUGAGCGAGGAAGAGUAAAAAUUGCUGAUAUGGGCUUUGCCCGAUUAUUUAAUUCACCUUUGAAGCCUUUAGCAGAUGUGGAUCCAGUAGUUGUAACAUCCUGGUACCGAGCUCCAGAAUUACUUCUUGGAGCAAGACAUUAUACCAAAGCUAUUGAUAUUUGGGCUAUAGGGUGUAUAUUUGCAGAGCUACUAACGUCAGAACCAAUAUUUCACUGUCAACAAGAGGACAUCAAAACUAGUAAUCCUUAUCACCAUGACCAGCUGGACAGAAUAUUCAAUGUAAUGGGAUUCCCUGCAGUUAAAGAUUGGAAAGAUAUAAAAAAGAUGCCUCAAUAUUCAACAUUAAUGAAAGAUUUCAGAAGAAAUACGUAUACCAACUGCAGCCUUAUCAAGUAUAUGGAAAAACAUAAAGUUAAACCAGAUAGUAAAGCAUUCCACUUGCUUCAGAAGUUGCUUACCAUGGACCCAAUAAAGCGAAUUACCUCAGAACAGGCUAUGCAGGAUCCCUAUUUCUUAGAAGACCCACUUCCUACAUCAGAUGUUUUUGCCGGUGUCAAAUCCCUUAUCCAAAACGAGAAUUGUCAAAUCCCUUACCCAAAACGAGAAUUUUUAACAGCAGAAGAACCUGAUGACAAAGGAGACAAAAAGAACCAGCAGCAGCAACAGGGCAAUAAUCACACUAUUGGAAAUGGUCACCCAGGGAAUCAAGAUAGCAGUCAUACACAGGGACCCCCGUUGAAAAAAGUGAGAGUUGUUCCUCCUACCACUACCUCAGAUGGACUGAUCAUGACCUCAGACUAUCAGCGUUCCAAUCCACACGCUGCCUAUCCCAAUCCUGGACCAAGCACAUCACAGCCACAGAGCAGCGUGGGCUACUCAACUACCUCCCAGCAGCUUCCACAGUACUCACAUCAGACACACCGGUACUGAGCUGCGUUGGAAUAUUGUCAAUGCACUGUUGCUAAUGCUGCCGGACUAACUGUGCAGCUCUCUGCGGGAACCUGGUAUGGGCCAUGAGAAUGUACUGUACAACCACAUAUUCAAAAUGUCCAAUAGCCAAGUUCCAC